GAGUGACUUGCUCCAACCACAAUUUAUUUUCAUAUUGAUAUGAGGAUGAGAAAUAUCGAGUUUCGGAUUUGCAAGAGAAGCAAUCUUUGUUAAAGCGCAUAUCUAGAAAACAGGGAGACCUCACGAUCUGGAAACCGAAAAGCACCUUUUCGAAGAUUUGGAACAACGGUUGAAAAAGUCUGUGUUAGGCGCGUGUUGCGAGACGGAAUUGAGAGAGUCAAUUGUUGGAGAUCAUGGCCGGCACGAAGCGCGCUCGUUCACCUUCACCUCCAGGUUCUUACCUCUACUCAAAGAAGAAAUCAAAUUCCGCGAUAGAGGCACGCGUAGAUCCAAUCUAUGGGCAGCGGAGUGCGCUUCCAGCAGAUGAUGAUUCUCUCAGCUUAGACGAGGACGGUAUAGAUGCCUUAACCUAUCUGAGAUCAGUUAGGGCCGAAGCAGAAGACCUCCCACCCAUAUUCUAUGCUUCCGCAGAGACUGGGAGCUCAAAUGACAACGGCGAGUACGAUCGAUCAAUAUAUGAGAGUGGUAUGGGCGAUUUCAGAGGGGUUUACAAGGAUGGUGCUUAUUAUGCAGCGGCCGAAGCUGAAGAAGAAAUGGAGAGUGAGGUACACGAAGGCCAAGAUCCCCGAUCGGCGUAUUUCAACUCUAUCUUGACGCGAUUCGAAACUUUACGAGACAAACUGCACCAAGUUCCCCCGACAGACCUAGUGAAAAAUCUAGAUGCAGAUCAUCCCACAUAUUUAAACGUGUUGAGCACCAAGCUUUGUAGGUGGUGGAGAUGGAAAAUGAAGACAGUUGAUCCGCUACCUGUGCAGAUAGCUAGUAUGGACAAGGACACAGUUCUGAGACUACUGAGGCUCCUAUUGACUGGCACGUUGUUACAAAGUGGCUCUGAUAUCAAUUUGAAGGUCAGUAUGUGGAUCUGGGCAUUAUUAGCUAGGCUACCGGUAAGAGGGGAAUUGAGUAGCGAUGAGGUAGGAGUUGUAAGAGAAUUAGGGAAGAAAGCUGUGAUGCUUGGUGUUGGAUUAAAGGCGGGUGGUGACUUGAAAGAGGGCUUAGAUGAGGUGGAGAAAGUAUUCGAGGCCGAUAAUGAGGUCGAAACUGCGGAUGAUGAAAAUGCCACUGGCUACAAAGAUAAGAACACAGAGAGGAUUGAGAAUCUGCCAGAAAUGGAGCGCCAGAUAACACAGAACAGCAAUAAUGCUUCGCUGAUAUUAGACUCGACGGACAACUCUAUGCAAUCAAUCACAACAGCAAAGCCUAUUGCUCCGGAUGGAGACGCUUUGGGAGCGACAUCAGAUUCUCAUGAACUAGAAGCAUUCAAAUCCCGCUUACUCGCUAAUCUUGCUUCAAAUCCGCUUGUCGGUCCCACAGCAAUCGCAGAUUUUCAGCCCCCCGAAGCAGAAGAGCCUACCAACUCCACAACCGAAGCGUCAGCGCUCACAGCAGCGCAAGAACCAUCUGACUGGAAUACGAGAGCAACGAUUGACAUGAUUAUCACGAUUUCAGGUGAGGUGUACGGACAGAGAGAUCUGUUGGAGUUUAGGGAAGUAUGGGGUGAGUAGGAUUCCCUCGAGCGGCCUGAUGACAACAUUUGAACCAUGCGGCAGCCAGAAACUCAUUUAGCAGAAAUACGUCAAACAAAUUUCAAUAGGUGUUGCAGACAAGUAGAGUCUAAUCUUUGCAUUGUUUUCUUGCUUUAGCUUGAAGUGUUAUGCGUGGCUGUUUCUAGUUCUCAUUGUCACAUUCACCUGUUCCAUAUCAUCGGCGAUUAUGUCAACAUUAAUGAUCA